GUGAAUCUUUUCCGUCCCGAUAUGAGGACGAAACUCAGUUGGACUUGGACCUUUUCGAGCCGGCGACGUGAGAUCCGCCGAUGGAUUUCCAAAAACUCUGCACUUUCGAAACUUUCCAGCGACUCUGGAGUCACUACGGCUAUGCGAGAGACUUGCAGGACGUGAUCGACCGGGACUUCACCAGGAUUAAAGGAAUAACUUAUCUGGAUCAUGCAGCCGCAACUCUGUACCCGGAGUCCCUGGUGAGAGACUUCUGCCAGGACAUUUCUAGGAAUCUGUAUGGAAACCCUCACAGCUACAACCCCAGCAGCCGGCUGACACAUGACACUGUGGAGAGGGUCAGAUAUAGGGUAUUGCAGCAUUUCAACACCACCCCUGAGGAGUACUCCGUGAUUUUCAUCUCUGGUUGCACAGCGGCGCUCAAAUUAGUGGCUGAGAGCUUUCCCUGGAGGCCGCAGACUGCAACCGAGGCCGGGAGUCACUUCUCCUACCUCACUGACAACCACACCUCAGUGGUUGGCAUCAGAGGACUGACUUCCGGGCAGGGAGUAGUUACCCUGCCAGUCUCCCCACAUGAAGUGGAAAACAGGGCAAAGGAUGAGGCUCUGGGUGAAGACAGAAUUUGCCAGACGCCACACCUCUUCUGCUACCCGGCACAGAGCAACUUCUCUGGAAGGAAGUAUCCCCUGAGCCAUGUGAAAGGCAUCCAGGCGAGACGCCUCUACCCAGCGUGUGACCACCAGGGCCGCUGGUUUGUGCUGCUAGAUGCAGCCUCUCAUGUCAGCUGUUCCCCUCUAAACCUACAGGAGUGCCCUGCUGAUUUCAUUCCCAUCUCUUUUUACAAGAUGUUUGGCUUCCCCACAGGUCUCGGGGCUCUUCUUGUCCGCAACGACACAGCAGGCAUGCUGAAAAAGACUUAUUUCGGUGGGGGCACAGCAGAGGCUUACCUUUCCGGAGAAGAUUAUUACAAGCAAAGAGCAAACAUUUCUGACAGAUUUGAGGAUGGCACAGUUUCUUUCUUGGACAUCAUCGCUCUAAAUCACAGUUUUGAAGCUCUGCACAAGAUCACAGGGGGCAUAGACAACAUCCAGCUGCACACGUUUGGCUUAGCACGCUACACUUACAUGCUGCUGUCAAGUCUUUGCCAUGGCAACGGGCGACCGGUGGCGCAGAUAUACACCAAAGGCCAGUUUGAGAGUCCAAGCACACAGGGUGCAAUCCUUAACUUCAAUCUGAUGGAUCGUCUUGGACAGAUGAUUGGCUAUUCCCAGGUGGACAGGCUGGCUAGUCUCUAUAAUAUUCAUGUGCGCACAGGGUGCUUCUGCAACACAGGGGCCUGCCAGCACUUCCUUGGGAUCACCAACGAAGAGGUGAAGAGAAAUCUGGAGGCCGGCCACGUGUGUGGAGACAACAUCGACAUGGUGGAUGGCCAGCCGACCGGAUCUGUUCGGGUGUCCUUUGGCUACAUGUCAACAUUUGAGGACUGUCAAAACCUCCUGAACUUUGUCGUCGAGUGCUUUGUGGAGAAACCGGUGAAAGUGGACCAGGACAGACUGGAGAAACUAAAGGCUGCUGGAGCAUCCCCGGACUCAAAUCAAGAUUGUCCGAUCCAAAUUACUAAUGGCAAAACUGACGAGGCAGAUGAGAGACAUAAUCCUACAGAACAGUCGCUGAACGGAUGUGGCGUCAGCGACGUCAGGACAGAUGGAAACGGCAAUGCGGGGGCUUACACUCUGACCAACAUCUACAUAUAUCCCAUCAAAUCAUGUGCAGCAUAUGAGGUCCAUAACUGGCCAGUGGGAGCCCUAGGCUUGCUGUAUGACAGAGGCUGGAUGGUGGUGAACGAAAACGGUGUGAGCCUGACUCAGAAGAGGGAGCCACGCUUAUGUCUCAUUCGCCCACAAGUCCACCUGCACUCGAACAAAUUGCUCCUGCAGGCAUCAGGGAUGGAUACCAUUUCUGUUCCCUUGAAAAACAACACCCAACUACACACAAGCCGGCGGGUGUGUCAAAGUAAAGUUUGUGGUGACAGGGUGGAGACAGUCGACUGCGGGGAUGAAGCGGCGUCAUGGCUCUCAGAGCUCCUCAGACAGCCGUGUCGCCUGAUAAGACAAAGUCCCGAUUUUACACGAGACAUGAGAAAGCAGCCUGGUGGAGCUGCCACCUCCUCGUGCCUGUCCUUGGUGAAUGAGGCUCAGUUCCUCAUGGUCAACCGGGCCAGCGUGGAGCUCCUUCAGAAACACAUCAUCAGCAGACAGGGGCCUUCUGAGGACCAGCCGCUUCUCGACACGCAGCGUCUCAUUAGUCGCUUUCGAGCCAAUUUAGUCAUCGCUGGAGUGGAACCGUUUGAGGAGGAUAAUUGGUCACACCUGAUUAUUGGCAACACUCGCUUCCUGGUCGCAGGUCGAUGCGGAAGGUGCCAGAUGAUUGGUGUUGACCAGGACACAGGGACCAAAACAAAAGAGCCUUUGCUGUCUCUCUCUGCCUGUCGCACCGGGAAGGUGACUUUCGGCGUGUACCUGACCCAUCAAGUACCAGAGGACUCAGCUGCAGCCUCAACCCUGUCUGCUGGUUCCCUCAUAGUGCCAGAGCCAAAUCCUUCUUGAAAUGACAUGCGAGUCAGGUGAACUGGACAGACCGAAUUAUCCCCCAGGUGUGAAUGUGUCUGCCCCGUGAUGGACUGGCGACCUGUCCUGGGUGUUUCCCCGCCUUCCACUCAAUGAGCGCUGGGAUCGGCUCCAACAAUCCCAUGACUCUAAUCAAGAUAAACAACCUGGACAGUGAAUGAAUGUAUAAAUUGAUGCUUGAAUAAUAUUUAUGGUCCAUAUUGUCUGUUAGUUUUUCCUGUAAUUGAAGUUGUAAUUAACAGAACAGUCGGACAUCCUGAUGGAGACAAAGCGCCUCUGAUUUUUGGACUGCAUUUUAUAUUUUGGACCUCUUUCACAAGGUCAUUUUUCCAUAUUUUUACACUGUCUCCCCUCAUCCUGGAGGGGAGACAGGGGAGACAAAUCCUGCUUGAUUUUUCACAUUUUAUUUUCCUUCCUAAUUUUAAGUCUGAAGGCUACUGUGCAUUAAUGUCUAAAUAGAGAACUGAGGCACUUUUUUUUCCAACUGAACAUAAUUGAAUGGAUCUAAAUCAGUUUAUUGUUACACUAUUCAAUGCAAAUGUGUAGUAUAUUUUUAUGAACAAUACAGUGUAAUAAAAUAUUUGUUUUGGUGGCAAA